UUAACAUCUGAUCCCCAAAAUUCCUCUACUAUGGCAUCCUUUGCCACUCAUUUCCCUCGCUCAUUUUCAACAACAAUGCCUGGAAGCAUGAAUGGAAUGUUUUGGGGAGGAACAAAUGGAGCAUAUACCGAUUAUGCAAAUGCAGGAAAUAAUCACUUGACAGGAAUGGAUUGGUUUGCAAAUUCACAAUGGCCAAUUUAUUACCCCGUAGCUAUUUAG